AUGGGAAUCCAGGGACUGCUACCUCUGCUUAAGAGCAUCCACAAACCCACCCAUCUUCGCAACUUUGCUGGCCAGACGCUGGGCGUCGAUGCCUAUGGAUGGCUGCACCGCGGCACCGUCUCGUGUGCCGUUGAGCUGGCGGAGGGAAAGCCCACGCGAAAACACAUCGACUUCGCCGUGCACCGCGUCCGCAUGCUAAUCCACUUUGGCGUAACACCAUACAUUGUCUUCGAUGGCGACUACCUGCCCAGCAAAGCACAUACAGAGAAGGAGCGGGCGACGCGUAGAAAGGAGAGCAAGCGGCAGGGCCUGGAGCUCCUCCGCAUGGGACGUCCUUCGCAGGCCCAUCUGGAGCUACAGAAAGCUGUCGAUGUCACGCCAUUGAUGGCUCGCGAACUGAUAGAGGAGUUGAAGAAACUCAACGUUCAAUAUGUCGUUGCUCCGUACGAAGCAGACAGUCAGCUUGCAUAUCUCGAGAAGAAGGGUGUUAUCGACGGUGUGCUCAGCGAGGAUUCUGAUCUGCUGGUCUUUGGUGUGAAGUGCCUGCUCACCAAGUUGGACCAGUACGGCGAAUGCGUCAUGAUCAACCGCGAAGAUUUCACGGCGUGCAAGGACAUUAGCUUGGUCGACUGGACGGACAAGGAGUUCCGAAUCAUGGCAAUGCUUACGGGUUGUGACUACCUGCCUGGCAUUAACAACAUGGGCCUAAAGACCGCCUACCGACUCGUGCGGAAGCAUAAAACAGUGGACAAGGUUGUUCGAUCUUUACAGUUCGAAGGCAAAAUGAGGAUACCGGUGGGCUAUCUUGAGGCCUUUGCCAAUGCUGAGCGAACAUUCGUGCAUCCGUGGGCGUUCUGCCCAGACACCAAAAGCCUCCAAAAUCUCACCCCUCUACCGAAAGGGGUACUAGCCGAGRGCAUGCCUUACAUUGGCAAGCAUGUCGAGCCUGCGCUGGCCGUUGGCGUCGCAUCAGGAGAUCUUGAUCCAAAUACCAAACAAGCAAUCGUCCUCCCGAGCAGGAUUAAUCACUAUUCGAGUCGGAGCAGGAUCAUGCAGACGCCAAUUGAGAAGCAGGGCAAAUCCAUUACGGAGUUUUUCAAGCCGAGACGAGUGCCUCUUACUGAGUUGGAUCCAAAUUCUUUGCAAACGUUCAUGCCCUCACCGAGCCAGGUUGAACUUAGGAGGUCGCAACAGAACACCUCCUGGCCUGCUAUACCGUCUUCCGCUCCGCCAGCUACAAGACGUGUCUCAUCCGCCCCUGUCCGACACGCUGCAUCUCCUAAAAGGCAGCGGUUGUKCUCUGAUGUGUCUGCUGCACGUCCGUUGAGCARGUCGUUGACGCGACUAUCGACUGAUCCUGCCGUAGCUGCUGCCAUGACUGCGCCGCCUACAACGAGCCGCUUCUUUGCCAAAACAGCAGCGCAAGCAAGCCCAAGUCUGCGGAAGAAGUCUGAUCGGAAGUCCGAGGAGUUUGAUCUUUGGUCUGACGAUUCUAUUGCAGAAGCAGUCGCUACCGCGACAGCAACACCAGAGCUCACACAGAGUUCCAGUGUGUCCUCUCCUCGGAAACGCAAGAAGAUUAGUGUUUUGAUGGACCCCGACGCCUCUCUGAUCGACGACAGCCUAGGAGAUGUGUCACAGGACAGUAUCUCCACAGCCGCUACACCCAUUUCGCAAGCUACCGUCAAUCAAGAUACCCCGGACACAUCUUUUAACAGCAUUGAGUCCCCUCCACCGCGACUUCCCAGCAUCUUUAGCAACGGAGUUCGUGCGGGGUUGUCUGCGCUUCGAUAUCAGGGAACUGCCUCGCCAUCGGCUCCCUCAUCUCUACGGACGAAGUCGGCACCGCUCUCCAGGAUUCCGCAGCGCAACGGCAAAUUUAACCCGAUACGUUCGCCUCCGCGGAUCGAACGUGAAUUCGUACCUAAUUCGUCGCCUCCUAUCGCAACUGAAAGCACGUUCAGGUCAGACAUUGCCGAGCCAGACGACAGUGUGAUUAACGAUGAAGAAUGGCAUGCUAUCGAGAAGCUUCCCGCUCAGACUAGGGUUGUAUUACAGGGCAGCGAGGAUCUGAUUAUUCCUAACAGCCCGGAAGAGGACGAGGACCGCCCGAGGCUGGAACUUGGCAAAUUUUUGUUCGCUGGAUGA